AUGAAUCCGUUCGACGGACAGAGGCUAAGAGAUGAAGUAAUCUAUCUACAUUCUCUCUGGCACCAAGGCCCUCCUCAACAACCAAACCCUUGUCAUCGAAUUCCUUUUUCAUCCUCAUUGCAACCUCUCCUCCAUCGUCAUUCAUUUGCACCCUCCCACACCAGAUCCCUCCUCCCCGUCCCUUCCACCGCCUUCAAGAAAAACCGGAAGAAGAAGAAGAAGAAAGAACCAAAACCCGAUUCACCGACCUGGCCGUGCCCCCAUUCAUCAGACUCGCCUCAAACAGGUUGGCCCGAACCGAAGCCCCAAUCGGAUCCUCCUCCUCCUCUUCAACCUCAAGAGAAAGAGAGGCUUUCUGCGUUAGAAGUGCAAAACAAGGUUUGCAAAGCUUUCAGGGAAUUUCUGAGUGGUUCCGGUUCCGAUGACGAAGAAGACAACGAUGAUGAUGAUGAUGAUGACAGUGAUGGUAGGUUGGGAGAGUUUGAGGAGUUUUUCAUUAGGGUUUUCAUGGAAGAUAAUGAACUGAUGCGGUAUUAUCAGAGGUGUUUCGAGAAUGGAGAGUUUUGCUGUUUGGUUUGUGGUGCUGCCGAGAAGAAAUCUUGGAAGAAGUAUAAGGAUUGUGUUGGUCUUGUUCAACAUUCCAUCUCAAUUUUGAGGACUGCCAAUAAAAAGGCUCAUAGGGCUUUUGGGCAGGCUGUGUGUAAGGUUCUGGGUUGGGAUAUUCAUCGCCUUCCGACUAUUGUCAUUACUGGGGAGCCUCUUCGGUGUUCAAUUGAGGGUGAGCCUAAGAAAAGUGUUGCUGCUGCUGAUGAUGGAAAGGAUGGUUCCAGCAAAACAGAAGAUAUAGCCGUGUCUUCGGAGCAUGUAAAAGGGGCUGAUGAGAGUAUUGGUGAGUGUUCUUCCAAGGAAGGUGAUAUUGAUGCAAAAGUGGUGGAUAUUGGUUUGGAAAAUGGAGAAGGAGGAGCCAAAUGA